AUGGAACGAGCAGGGUUAUGUAGUUCCCAUAGCAAUAAUGGUGAAGAACAGGAGCAGCCAGCAGCCGCCGCCGUCAACAUUGACAACCAGUUACCAGCAAACCCAGAAGAGUUGGAACGUGGAUACGCGUCAAUUGGAUAUUCUCCAUCCUCAACACCGUUCGCUGGUCGCGCAAAUGAGGUCUUUCAGUGGAUACCACCUCCUCCAACUGAGAAGGAGAAGAAGGGGGAAGAAGAAGAAGAAGAAGAUGACAUAUUUGAUACUAUGGCACCACCAUCCAGGGGAUUGGGAUCGCGAUCGACUAUUCAUGGACGGAUUCCAGGGUUAUCGCCGUCAUCAGCACCACUACUGUCAGAGGAAACAUCCUUACCCCAGACAAACAAGUCGUCAUCAUCAGCAUACCAGGAUGCCGAAUAUGUCAUCAACAUUGAGCGGCAAGGCUGUUUUAUGCGUAGGUCACCCACUGGUCAUGUUCUAGAAGAUAUUGCGCUUUGCGAGCGACUUCUUCUUUCUCAACAACCAACCGACACUCCUCCCAUUCAGGAUACCAUGUUUGAGGAUGACUGUAUCGAGGACUUCCACCAGGCAUUACGGAACCGAUCAGAAACCCGGAUCCUAGUGGAUUUACACCCGCUCCUUAUGCCAUGCGCCGAGAAGCAGCAUAUCAAGAAGCGUGGAAAAAACCAGAAAUUCCUUGAGGAUAUUAUUGAUUGCUUCAAUGAUCCAUGGAACCAGGCAAUUUGUGGUCCUAGACCCCAACCAGAUGAUGCACGCGGGUUGAAAGAGUCGACAUUUUCAUAA